AUGGAAAAAGACAGUUUCCAGCAGUUAGAACUAGAAAAGGGUAGACCUUCCAAAAGGAGGACUCCCAAAAGAGUUAUCCAUUUUGUUGAUGGUGACAUCAUGGAAGAAUAUAGCACAGAGGAAGAGGAAGAAAAAGAGGAACAGAGUACAAAUUCAACACUUGAUCCUUCUAAACUUUCACGGGGGUCCUACCUAUGGUUUUGGGCAGGGCGAAUAGCAAGGACCUCAUUUUCUACAUGUGAAUUCCUUGGUGGAAGAUUUGCUCUCUUCUUUGGUCUUAAUCAACCCAAAUACCAGUAUGUGUUAAAUGAGUACUAUAGAACACAAAAUAAGGAAAGUGAAGGGAGUGGAUCAAAGGCCCAACCAGCCAAUGUUCCCAAUGAAAAGUGUCACCUGGAGGCUGGGGCCCGAGAGUAUGGAACGAGACAACAGGACAUUGCCGAGGGCAUUCCUCGGUGGAGUAUCUCAUCCAGCGAGGGCCUGAUGGCAGAUUCCAGCUCCUAA